AUGGCUCUCAUCCGCAACUGGUUCCAUGAACUGGGGAGCUGGCGUCUUGUUUAUUGGCAUCUCUGGGGCACGGUCAACUUAGCUCCCUGCUCUCAAUGUGGCCAAAACUUUCAGUUGAUAGAGUGGGCCAAUCACUGCUCUUACCAUCCGAGCAUCACAGUCGCCUCAGAAGGGAUUAUUGGUCCAGGUAAGGAGGGAAGUUGCACUAAAACCCAAAGAACGCCUGUACACAGUAAGCGAUUAAAAGUAGAAGAAGAAAAGCCAAUUUGCGAUAUCUUUGCGGGUCACACUUAUCACUUAACACAGUUCCCAAGCCAUGACUAG